CAACACUCUUCACCAAGCCCAAAUUGGUCUAUAAUCGUCGUUUGACGUCGUGCUUCUCCUGCAGAAGAUGGUACUGUACGCAACCGGCUUCAAUGCCUGGAACCAAUUGCGGUUUGAGAAUCCAGGCAUUGAGGAGCCCGAUGAUAUCUCCUCCUUUACCAAUGUGCUCAACGGCGACAUAGAUCAUGUCCGUCCCUUCUUCUCUUACACUCUAAUCCGCCUGAAAAAUGGCGAAUGUCAGACGGCAGGCAUGGUCCCAAAAGAACACCAGAGAUUACGCAUUGCUACUGAAAAAUCCCAUGCAAGUUUCGUUGAAGCAUCCAACGAUGCCGUAGUAGUCUACGACGGGGCGCAGACACUACACCAGUACACAUCCAUCCACAACCUCCUCUCCGGCAGCCCAUCCCAUACCUUUCCCAACCUUCCAAACCUCACCCAGCUCGUCGCCUACGCAACCGGCUUCGCAGCCCUGUCAUCGACAGGCCAAGUCUGGACAUGGGGUGACGAGCGCUACGCAGCCUGCCUCGGCAGAGACGUCACCGAUGAGAGUCCCGCAGAAACACCCGGCCUCGUCACAGACUUGGCCGACCUGCCCACGGGGCCCAUUACCAAGCUCGCAGCGGGCGGGUACAUUCUCGCAGCGUUGACACAAGGGAAUGAUCUUUACUGCUGGGGCCACGCAGGACGAUCACCCGUCGUAGCAGACCUCUUCUCAGGCUCAGAAGAUGUAGACACGGACCGCCCGAGUCCUGUAGAGAUCGCCGGGGGUAAGGAUAUCGCCGACAUUGCGGUGGGGGACGCGCACCUGGUAGCUCUGACUUCGGACGGGGAGGUGUACGUGAUUGGCGACAACGGUAACGGGCAGCUCGGUUUGCCGGGAGUGACGUCGGUCAAGGCCUGGACCAAGGUCAGCUUAGAUAUCAGCAACGGGGCGAAGCAGUCCAUCACGGGCGUAGUAGCCGGACCGAGGAACUCGUUCUUGAUCGCUUCGGGAAAGUGAGAUGGGCUUGGACCAAAUAAAGACAAGGCAGAAUAGCGCAGCUUUGUCAGAGGUGGCUGUUUUCUAUUCCCCCCCCGUCGUCUAGUUGUACAAAAAACCGCGCGCAACCC